AUGUCAAGCUCCUCCCUGUUUUUUGAAGCACUCGGGCCUUGGCUGACGAUGCUAUCAAGGUACAACACUGCAGUCACUUCGAGACUGUACCACACAAUGUAUACAAAUACAGCAAUCCAAAGAGGCCAGUACAAACAGUAUGCGCUUUCACUGAGUCUCGCGGUAUGA